UUCAAUUAGUUAAUCCAAACCUUUUAAAUUGACCAGAUGGAGAGGCGGCGUUGCUGUCGCCACUUUUGUUCUCGGUGCUCUCGUGCAAUGUUUGAGGAACAUCUAGCGAAACAUCUUCAGUCAUUGUUCAGUCAGUUCAGUCGGUUGUUAGUCAAUUAAGAAACGCGCUUAGUUUAGCAUCAUGAAAUUGGAGAAGAUCCCUGUUGAGAAAAUAUCAACACCAACACCAACAGCAACAACAACAACAACAGCAGAGGAUACACAUUUGGAUGAUAUUAUCAUACGAAUUGGCCAAUUUGGUCGCUAUCAAAUUUGCCUAUAUAUUUUGCUGUGUCUACCAAUCGUUUGCAAUGCAUUUUAUUCCAUUUCCUAUAUAUUUACGGCCAGUAGUGUGGAUCACAGAUGCAACAUCAGUCAGUGCGAUAACCUAGAGAGCACUUACUACACUUCCGCAUCCUUUUUGAAUUUCACAAUUCCCCAAGAGAAGGGAAUGGGAACAGCUUCUGCAUGGGAUCAGUGUUCGCAUUUUGCUUUUGCAAAGACAAUUAUUUCAUUACAAAAUGAAUCUGAAUGUUUGGCUCAGAACUUCAAUCGCAGGCAUCGUGUACCCUGUGAAGAGGGUUACCAAGUUAGCCAAGAUGAGCGAACCAUUGCCAGUGAGUUUGGCAUAUUUUGCUCGGAUCGUUGGCAACUCUCUAUGGUAGGCACGGUUAAUAAUAUUGGACAAUUUGUGGGUAUUCCUCUAGGUGGUUACCUGGCUGAUAGAUAUGGCCGCAAGACCAUUCUAGUUGUGGCUGGAGUCCUUAGCGCAUUUGCUGGCCUGGCUCGUUCUCAUGCCCCAAAUUAUUAUAGCUUUCUGUGUCUGGAGUUUUUAGAUAUGGCCGUGGGUAGUACUCUAUUUCCCACUGCCUUUCUAAUGGCCAUUGAGCUGGUGGGCCCUAAACAUCGUGUUGUGGCUGCCACAGUCAUAAGCCUUACCUAUGGCUUAGCUGAGGCCGGAUUGGGUUAUCUGGCGUCAUAUAUACGAGAUUGGCGGAUUUUACUUCGUGUCUUGUAUACUCCAGCUUUGCUGCACUUGCUCUUCAUUUGCCUGCUGCCGGAAAGUGUUCGUUGGCUUCUGAGUCAAUCGCAGGAAACGGAUGCCAAGAACACUUUACGUAAAGCGGCUCGUGUGAAUCGGAAAUCUUUGCCGGAACAACAUUUAAGUGAAUUGAUGAGAUCGAAUCGUCAGCUGGUUGCCCAAUCGGCUGCUUCUGGUGGGCAUUAUACGGUGCAGCAAAUUUUUCACGCUCUUGGCUGGAGAAUAGCUCAAUGCUGUUUCGUUUGGUUCAUUCACACGCUAUUGGCCUUGGGUCUCAGUUUGAAUUCGAAUAGCUUGAGUGGUGGCAAUAAAUUUGAAAAUUUUAGCAUAACUGGAUUCAUGCAAAUACCUGGAAUCAUCUUUGGAACAAUCCUGAUGCAUCGACUUGGCAGAAGAUGGGCUUUAACCUCAUUAAUGUCCAGUUGUGGGAUCUUUUUGCUUAUGGUGAUGGCAUUCGAAGAGGAUUACCCACUGAUUGCGUCUUGUUUAUAUUUUCUGGCCAAAAUGAAUUCUACUGGCAGUUUUAUGGUCUUGUAUUUCUUUACUUCAGAAAUAUUUCCCACAAAUUGUCGAAAUAGUUUACUUUCAUUUUGUUCAAUGGUCGGACGCUUUGGGUCUAUGUUGGCACCACAGACGCCUCUGUUGCUUAUUUAUUAUAGAUAUGGACCACAUUUGGUAUUUGCCAUAUUUGCAUUCAUCUGUUCGAGCUUAACUUUACUUUUUCCCGAGACCGCAAAUAAAAUAUUGCCAACCACAUUGGCCGAGGCUCGUGAAUUAGAUAGAAGAAGUGUGUCCAACAACAGCAACAACAACAACAGCAACCACAACAAUAAAAGCAAUAAACCCACAAUCACGGAAAAGCAAACAAAAAGUGUCGUCUAAUUAAAUAUCGUCGGUAAAAUCAUUAUCGAAUUGUAAAUAUUAUUAGUAAUCGCCCGCCACAGUGGCUGAGAGAGAGCUUGCAUUAAGUGAUAAGCAUACACUUAUAUUGUAUGUACUAUAGACACAUGAACAAUCAAAUUAAGAUGUUUAUACGUAUAUACAUAAGUAAUUCUCUAUCAAUUUGUCAAUUGAAACACAAAAUGAUUCCAAUAUAUGUACAUUCUACUAUGGGAAGAAGGUUGCUAAAGUGGCUCACUCAAUCAUCAAAUUACAUUGUCGUUUUGUGCUAAUUAAGCCAAAUAAAGCUUGUUUUUUUCCAUCCACA